CUAUGGCAAUGGCGUUGAGAGGCGAAGCUUCUCCCCAAGCCCACAGAUUGCAUCAGCAGCCAACAACAUCUUCAGCUUCUCAAUCUUCUCAAAAAUUGCCUUCAUCGCUACCAACACAAAUGUCUUUAGAAGAGCAAUCAUAUCAACAUCAUUCAAUUCUCCAAUAUCAGCAGCAGCAUCCCCAAUCUCUCCCACCUUCAGCUACUUUUGGUCAACAACAACGCACAUUUUUUCCAAAGAAACACCCAAAAAGUUUUUAUUCCGGUUGUACUACAACAACUUCUACAAUGGCAACAGAUUAUAGAAUGGCAGCAUCUGAACAUAAUAAACAAGUGGAGACACAAUUUACAGGAGAAAAUUAUGAUAAUCCAAAUGAAGAGCUAACAAGACAGAUAGAUCCUUCUCCACGUGAUGAACAUUUUACGCAAAGUAUUCAGAAUUAUCCAGUUCAACAAUCUUCACAAUUAGAUUUGUCAUCUACUAAUAGCAAUGCAAAUCAAAUUUGUUUAGUAACUUCGUCUGAAACAUUAAAUGUAAGCCAAAUACAGAGAAAUCAAGGUGAAAGCGAUGCUUUUCUUAAUUUAUCUGGAGGAGUUCUGAGCGAUACUAAUCUUUAUAUUCGUGGUCUUCAGGAGGAUUGUACUGAUGAAAAGCUUUAUGAAAUGUGUGCUCCUUAUGGAAAGAUUGUUUCUACAAAAGCAAUUUUGGAUAAAUUGACGAGAAAAUGUCGUGGGUAUGGUUUUGUUGAUUUUGACAGUCGUGAGUCUGCAUUAGCUGCAAUUUCUGGCCUUCCCGAAUGGGAUAAUCGAAUACAUGCACAGAUGGCAAAGCAACAAGAGCAAGAUCCAACCAAUCUUUAUAUUGCGAAUCUCCCUUCUCAUUUUGAUGAGGAAAAAUUAUCUGAAAUGCUUCAAGUCCAUGGACCAGUGAUUAGUUCACGGAUUCUUAGAAAUCUUGACGGUUCGAGUCGAGGUGUUGGUUUUUGCCGUAUGACUACAUCAGAGUCUUGUGCUUCAAUUAUUGAUGCUUUUCAUGGGAAACGUUUGGCUCAAGGAUUGCAACCUUUAAUUGUGAAGCUGGCUGAUAGUACUAGUCGAAAAUUAAAACGUUCAACUCCUUCGCUUCAUUCAUUCUACAAUGAUGAUGGACGAUUUUACAAGGCGAAACUACCAGCUACACCUUUACUAUCAGCUACUACACCUUUAAUGGAUCCGAUAAUAUUCCCAGCAAUGUCAAAUUCGGCUCUAGCAGCUUUCAGUCCAGUUCUUGCAAAUUGUGGACGCCUGUCUGCUUCACAAUAUACACCACAGCAUUAUGGACCUAUUGCUGAUCUCAACGCCCAAUUCAAUCAGCUAAGAAUUGCUAAUGGUCCAUCCAGCAUUGUCGGUACAAGUGAUUCAACCGUAACACCUGGCCAAACUCCUCGACCUUUGCCAUCUCUGACCUCGACCGAUUUGCCUUUACAACAUCUACAACAACAGCAAACCCAACAAAUGUUUCAGCCUUCACAGCAGCAACAGGCUGCACAACUUGUCUAUCCGCCUUAUUAUGGUGUGCAGUAUUAUAUGCCAGCUGCAUUUGGUGCUGCAGCUAGUAACUAUCAACAGCCUUUUAUUGUAUAUAACCCGGCAGAUUACUAUUCUCUAGCUUCUCAACAGCAACAAUUAGCUGUAGCUUCAUCUAACCAAUUUGCUAAUGUUGGUGGUCAGGUUCAACAAAAUCAACCAAUUGCAAGUCUUUUCCCAUCUAUCAGUCAACAACAAACAACGCCAGUUAGUAAUCCUCAAUAUGGCAAUACAUACACAAAUCCGCCUUUAAAUAUUGGGCAUCAUAUUGGUGAACAACAACAACUCCAACCGCCACCGUUACCACAGGUACAAAGUACUGGAGGUAACAAUUUUAACCGACCACAGCAACAGCCAUUGCUAACACCUGUACAUACAAAUUCCGCCCCUUAUCUAAAACAACAACAGCGAUAUGGCCAUCAUAUGCAACAACCACAUUGGGUUCCCGAGCAACCUCACUCACAUUCGAUGCCUCCUACUAAUGUCACCACAUGUACAAAGCCAUAA